UUGUGAUUCGCUUUCGGCAGGUACGGAGUCUUUCCAGUGUCUCCUCUGCUGCCCCGCCACACCCCGCCUGAAGCUGUUGACCGAAAACCACCACCACCACCAACUACCUACCAACUACCAAGUAACCAGCGACCGAGAAUACUACCCUUUCUUCUCUUCUUCCAACUCGUGAAUUUUCCCAUCUUACUUCUCUCCCUAACCCCCAUCUCACCCGCGUCUUAUCUAGCCGUAACAAUGGCCGGAUCUGCUCCCAACCUCUACAGUUUCCCUAACAACGACGCUUUGGCCCAGCAAUUGAGGCCCUACGUCUUGCGGUGUCAGAACUCGGCCCUCAGCCGUCACAGCACAUUCCGCGUCGCAGUCUCUGGUGGCUCCCUUCCGAAAGUCCUCGCCCAAGCUCUGCUGGCCCCUGGAAAUGGCUCCCCCGAGGAUACCGCUCAGUUCUCCAAGUGGGACAUCUUUUUUGCUGAUGAGCGCGCCGUGCCCCUCGAUCACGAAGACAGCAACUACCGCCUGCUGAAGGAAGAGCUACUGAACAAGAUCCCCUCGGAACUGGGUGCCCCGACCGUGCACACGAUCGACGCCGAUCACGUCAAUGAUGACGACCCGCAGGAACUGGCGGAUUUGUACCAGGAAGAGCUGAUGCGCUCCUUUGCCGCCAAGGAUAGCGUCAAGCUGCCCGUUUUCGAUCUGAUCCUACUGGGAUGUGGCCCCGACGGCCACACUUGCAGUCUCUUCCCCGGACACGAAUUGCUGCGGGAGAAGGAUUCCUGGGUGGCUGCCAUCAGCGACUCUCCUAAGCCGCCCCCGAAGCGCAUUACUCUGACUUUGCCCGUGGUGACUCACGCCCUUAACGUCGCCUUUGUCGCUACUGGCGGUGGAAAGAAGGACAUCAUGAAGCAGAUCUUUGACGCUGAGGAGGGGAGAGACCUACCCUCCGCUCUCGUCAACCAGGGUGGUGGCGAGAAGGUGAGCUGGUUUACCGAUAAUGCAGCCGUGGAGGGAGUCGCUUUCCCCCGUCGUGGAAGCCUGUAACUUAAAAGUGGGAAUGGUACGAAACUGCUUUCAUAUGAUGGCUGGGGUGAAGGAUAAGAGGGAGAGAGUCAUGGCGAGGCUACGGAAGGAUUCAACUAAUCUCAAAAGG